CGACAGAAUAUUCUAAUCCCGAACAUCGAUUCUAAAGUAUUUUACCCCAGUUUCUCUUCUUAUUCGCAAUCCUUCCUGUUUUGCUCUGCUCACGGCUUCACUCACUAUGGAUUCCUCGCUACGAUCAUCUCUCCUCUUCUUCGUCAGCGCGUUGAGCCUCGCAAUCUCACUCCGUCCCGCCGUUGCCACCCCGGAAGCCUACCCCACUACCCCAGGUACUGGUUCUGGUGAGUGCUCACUAGCCGGCGGCGACGAUGUCCUUAUCCCUCCUCGUCGAGAAGUUCACGGCAGUGGCCGAAUCUUCGAUAUCAGUCACAAGUACGUCCCCGACAUGCCAGUUUUUGAGUCUAAGGAUGGCCUUGGCCACUUCCUCUGGCUUCAAAAAAGCAUGAAAAACGGGUCUCGAGCUAAUAACUCCGAAAUGAAGAUCCCCACUCACACAGGCACCCAUGUUGACGCCCCGGGGCACGUCUUCGACCAUUACUUCGAUGCGGGGUUUGACGUCGACACACUCGAUUUGGAAGUCCUCAAUGGUCCUGCACUUUUGGUCGACGUUCCAAGAGACGCAAACAUAAGUGCCGAGGUUAUGAAGUCACUACAUAUUCCAAGGGGUGUACGUCGUGUUCUCUUCAGAACAUUGAAUACUGACAGGCGGCUUAUGUUUCAAAAGGAAUUCGACACAAGCUACGUGGGAUUCAUGGUGGAUGGAGCAAAAUGGCUAACAGAGAACACUGACAUCAAACUCAUAGGUGUUGAUUAUUUAUCUGUUGCUGCUUACGAUGACUUGAUUCCAUCUCAUCUAGCUUUUCUUGAAGGCAGGGAAAUCAUUCUGGUGGAAGCCCUGAAGCUUGAUGAUGUGCCAGCAGGAGUAUAUUCAAUCCAUUGCUUACCUCUUAGGUUGGUUGGUGCUGAAGGAUCACCAAUACGAUGCAUUCUGAUCAAAUAAAUGUGGAACAAGUUUGAGGAGGAAGUCGGUUAGCUCCAAAUGCUGUAGGAGAUGCUAAUCACUAGUUCGGUCCAUACAGAGCGAGACGGAUAUGACGAUCUAAAGAGCAUUAGCAUCACUUAUAUUUUAUUUGUAAUACGAAAUUUAUAAUAAAUUAUACUAUGUAUUGUGCCGGAUGAGUAAAAAUCACAUCAUUCCCUCCCCCCUCCCUUCUAAGUCUGUUAUUUGCAGUAUUUAUUUUAUUGGGCUGGUAGGGCUAAGCAAAAUAGGCCGAGAUAGAUAGCCCAAUGCCGAAUCUGGGCAGCCCCAUCCAUAUCUUGCUUUUUGGGAACGUAAAAUUGGAUAAACUAGAUCCAAAUUGAACAAGUCAUAAACUUUUUUUCUCCCCCU